AUGGUUGCUAAUGAAGAUUACCGCUCACUUGUUCAAGGUGUGAACUCUCUGGAUUUCUCUGGGGACAAUAUUCCCUGCAAGCUGCUUCUAGAUGGAGAUUCCGCAUUCCCAGUGAUAGUGACCCCUGCAAAGGACGUGCUUAUUGCUGCCUCUCGCUAUGGGAAGGGUCGUGUGGUUGUUACCGCUCAUGAAUCAUAUCUGGACAGACAGCAGCUGACCACUUUCCUGCAGAAUGUUGUGUCCUGGCUGGAGCCAUCCCCAGGAUCGGUCAUUGGGGUGCAGAGUAACCUAGACCUCCUGGCUCAGACACUUUCUGCUGUAGACUGCACUGUUGAGAGGACCUCUGGCCUAAAACCAGGACUUGGAGUGCUGUGUAUUAGUGGCUAUGAUGACCAUGAAGCCCAGAGCAUCAUUUCCUUUGUGCGUGAAGGAGGAGGGCUUCUGAUUGGUGCCCAGGCCUGGAACUGGUCCUACAGCCACAAAGAGGAAAAUGUUCUACUCAAAUUCCCUGGAAACAAAAUAACAUCAGUUUCUGGGGUGUACUUCACUUCUGUGUAUGGCGAAAAGGGGAUAUUUAAUGUGAGCCCAGAAAUGCCCAGAGGCCCAUUCUACAUGCCAACUGACUUCUCCUCUGAUCUGAAGCAUCUUCUGCAAGGUGUGUCUCAUCUGAACAUUAGUGGAGAAGCUUUACCCUCAGAACUACUUCUGCAUGGGGCUUUGACAUUUCCUAUUGGUCUGAGUGGUACGAAUCAAUGUUUUCUGGCUGGUGCAUAUUAUGGUAAAGGUCGAGUAGUUGUAGGAACACAUGAAAGUCAACUGUCAUCACCACAACUCCAGCAAUUUAUUCUGAAUGCCAUAUCAUGGUUGGACAAGGGGAGGAAGGGACAGAUUGGUGUUAACAAGAGUGUUCAAAAUCUCUACAAACUAUUGCAGCAAGAAAAUGUCCCCAGCAAGGUGACAAAUCUGGUUGCUGAUAUCAGUGUGUACUGCUGUGACUCAUAUAGUAACCAUGAGGCAGAAGCCAUCCAGAAGUUUGUAGCAGAAGGAGGUGGUCUCUUUAUUGCAGGUCAUGCAUGGUAUUGGUCCUAUCAGAAUUCAAGUCGUGAGGUGCUUUCUGAUUACCCAGGCAACAAGAUCCUGAAUAAAUUAGGAAUCAGUAUUCUGACAAGCACUGUUAAACAAGACAAUUAUAAGGCCUUAAAUCCUGAUGAAGCCUCAAAAUGUUAUAUUUUCCGUAAAGCUCUUAGUCAGUUGCUUAUUGACUUAAAAAGUGGAGCAGAUUUUAAACCCCCACUGAGCUACUGGCUUCCCAGAUUUAGACAGGAUGUCUCAAGAUUCAUGAGGCUUCCAGGUGGCCCUCUGAUUUCUGCUAUACAGCAAAAGUUGAUUCAUAGGAUGCAGAAUUGUGAGAUGCCAAAUAUCAGCAAACAGUGUCCCGUGGAAAGUGGAUCCAAAGAAGCAUUGAUGGUGUGUUUGGCUUAUGAGGUCAGUUGUUUGAGCGUGGAUUCUCAAGAACUCGAUGAAAAUUAUUCUUCAGUAACCGUGCAAAUUGAUGGUACAAACCCAGGUCAUGAUGCCUGGAGAAGCACAGGACUUUAUCUUCCACCCAGAAGAACAGCGACUCUUCUGUUCCCAGCCACAGUUAUGGGGAAAGGCCUUGAGGUGCAAGUUGGUUGUCACACUGAUGACCUGAGCAGCGCAGACAAGUUAUGCCGUGCACCAGUGGUGACCCGCAGAUUGUGUGUUGAUUGUGAGAAGAUGUCUGUGUCAUGCUUCUGGGGAGGACUUCUUUAUAUCAUUGUUAAAGAGAAGAAAGAAUUGGGGAUGAUCCCAGUUACAGUGUAUGGAGCAGAGCCAGCCCCGACCUUUAUUCAUGGUCAGACAACCCUCUCGUCAUGGAAGGAUAUGAUCAGCCAUUCCCUAUCUCCAUGGUCUGAGCUGAUCACAGAAAACAUCAUCUUGACUGUACCCACUGACUCUGUACGAUCACUGGAAGACCCUGAGCCUCUGCUCUCUCUGUGGGACAAAUGCAUGAAUGCCAUCACUGACCUUGCUGCAAGUUCCAAGAAAUUCCCACGGCCUGAGAGAUUUGUGACAGAUGUGCAGAUCUCUGCUGGUUGGAUGCACGCUGGGUACCCUAUCAUGUGCCACUUAGAAUCAGCCGGUGAACUCACAAAUAUCCAAAAUAUACAGCGUUCAGGCUUUUGGGGACCCAUUCAUGAGCUUGGACACAAUCAGCAACAAAAUGUGUGGGAGUUUCCCUCACACACCACAGAGGCCACGUGUAACCUCUGGUCUGUGUAUGUGCACGAGACAGUGCUGGGGAUACCACGGGAUCGCGCCCACCCUGAUUUAAAGCCAGAUGAGCGAAGUAAGAGAAUGAAAACGUACUUGCAGAAUGGGGCGAAGCUGAAGGACUGGAGUGUAUGGACCGCACUGGAGACCUAUUUACAGUUGCAGGAAGCCUUCAGCUGGGACCCAUUUAAGAAGCUCUUCGCUGAAUACCAGACCAUGCCCGGCAUAAAGAAUGAAAAUAAUUACAAGAUGAAUCUGUGGUCGCAGAAGUUCUCUCAGGCUGUGCAGAAGAACCUGGCUCCUUUCUUCAAGGCCUGGGGCUGGCCCCUAGAGGACGAAACAUGCAAACAGCUGUCUGCACUCCCUGAGUGGGAGAAUAAUCCUAUGAAGUAAUCUGUUAAACCAAAAUGAGUUAUACUCAGUAUUACACUGUGUGCCUAUAGCUUUUUAUUUUCCAAAUUACAAAUAUGGACACUGU